UACAGUUCGCCAACUAGAUUAGCGAUGGGCAACUCGGGCAGUAUGAGCGGGUUGUCCGGGUACGAGGAGGGGUACCAUCAUCAUCCGGGCUAUCAUCACCAUCACCAGCGGUACCACGAUGCGAUGCGCGGCGAGUCGGGCAUGGCCGCCUCCUGGAUGGAUUCGUACCAGCGCGACCAUCACCGGCGGCCCGGCGGUGGCGGCGGCGGCGGCGGCGUUGGACCGCGCGAUCACGACCCGCUCCAGCAGCAGAUCAAGGUGCUGCCGGACAUCCCAGGCAAGGUGGCGAAGCUACGGUCGACCAACAACGGUAGCAUCCUGCACGCCGGCGGCACGAUCAGCAAGAACAACCAGGCGCUCCAGCGCUCGAAAAGCAUCUCGUCGCCGACGUACCAGCAGCACCAGCAGCAGCACCCGGCCAGCUUCAGCGAGUGCGACGAGGAGCUGGAGCUGAGCUCGCUGCAGCCGGCCAGAAGCAUGCUGAUGCAACGCUCCCGCACCCAGCUCAACCUGAUGCCGCCCGGUCUCGCUGGAGGUGGUGCCGGUCGGCUAACGCGCAACGGACACGCGCCACAGUACGGCCACGACGAGGACGGCGGUGGACGCGGACCGCCGGAAAGGGCGGCCGGUGGUCGGCAGACGGCCACUCGGUACGGUGAACCGAACGGCACUGCCGGCAGUAGCGCGACCGAGGCGCUCAACCAGCGGAAACGGUUCGGGUCCGAGCCGGACCUGCGGCUGUCCCUGCUGCCAAGGAGUGGGCCAGGCCCGGAACCACCGGGCGGGUCCCGCAAUCCCAAGAUGGCACAGUCGAAGAUAAUGAAGGGCAAAAACAAGAAGAAGGCUCCGGUACCGCCGGUAAUGGAGAAGCGCGACGCCAGCAAGGAUGCGGACCGGCAGCGCAUCAUCGCCUACUCGCCGAUGCGCAAACCGGACGGCAACAACGGCACCUCCACCCUGCCCUCGUCGAGCGACGGGUCCAGCUUCAACGUGGCGGCGACGCGCAAGCUGCGCCUCUUCAAGACGCGCGCCGAGACGAAGAAAACGCCCACGAUCGCGAAGCUGCCGGAAGCGUCCGACGCCAAGAUGUUCCCCGGCAAGAGCGGACCACCGGCGGCAGGGGCGGCGGUACCGGCCGGCGGUAGCUUUAUGCGUGCGGCCGGCCCACACCAGCGCCCCGAUUGCGGCCCGUCGCCAGACGACGAGAAGCUGGGCAGCGCGCUGGAGCACAUCUCGCCGCGCCCGAAUCCGACCUCGUUCUUCCGGCGGGAGAAAACGUUCGACGCUGGGCUGCUGGGGCUCGAGCGGCAGCGGGAGGCCGAGGCACGGCCGGCCGCCAAACCGACCAUGUCGCCGCCGCUCUCCCGCCGGAAGUCGCUCGUCAAGAGCUACCUGGAGCAGCACGGGCCACCGAACGCCGGCAAACCGUCGGCCGGCGGGCCCGCCCGGGUGGACGUGAAGCCGCGGCAGCAGGUUGGCACGCCGGCCGAAAGCUACCAGCGCAAGCUGGCACUGGCCGAGGCGCAGCGCAAGCAGUCGUCGGCGGCGGCCGCCGCCAUUACGGACUUCCAGAAGGAGCUGCAGCUGGCGACGAGACGGAAGCCGGGCCCGGCGGUCGCUGCACCGCCGCAGGCGAAGCCUGCCCAGCCGGCAGGCUCCCGGUUUUCCCUUCUGCCCGGCCCGGCUGCCAACUCGACCCCCACGAAGGCCAAGCACACGGCGAACGCGCUCGUGAUCAACGUGGAGCCGGCGAAGGACGCGGAACCGAAGCCGCACGAUACGCCGCGGGACUCGCCACCGCCGGCGACACCACCGCCGCCGCCGCCACCGCCCAAGACGAGCUUCUACUUCGGCAUGCGGGACGAUCGCGAGCCGCAGGACGUGCCGCGCCGGUUCACCGGCCAAACGGCCAGUCGGCCCACCGUCCCGUUCAUGGCCGAGUCGCGGGUCGACGAUAGCGACGACAGUGAGCGGGACGCCCGACCGAGCCAGCAGCAGCAGGAGAGCCGGGACGGGCGGGAGUCGGCCGAGGAGGAGGAGGAGCACAUCGGGCACACGCAGAUGGAGCUGAUCGACCAGUUCGCGGCCAGCCUGCUGAACAGCAGCCGGUUCCGCUCGUCCGACUCGGUCGCGUCGUCCGAGGCGGACGUGCGGACGACGGCGGCCGGCAGCACGUGGGACGAGGCGGACGCGCAGGAGAUCGCGCUCAAGCUGCGGCCGACGCUGCCCCGGAAGCAGUUCGACAUACCGCGGUUCAGCCCGGCCGCCGCCUGGCGGCUGCUCACCACCGAGGACGAGUUCUGCCGGGAGGCGGGAGGCGUGCCGGUGGUGGAGGGUGGCGCCGGCGAGAAGAAACACUUUCUGCGGGGGCUCGAGCAGGAGCUGGACGUGCCGGAGGAUCGCAUCCAGCGGGUGUACCGGGAGCCGGGCGUGCCGGGCCUGCAGGACAACAAGAGCGGGGACAGCGGCAUCUCGGGCGACGCGGGCGACCUGGGACAGGACGCACCGCUCACGGGCCGGGGGAAGGCGGAGCGGGCCGGCGAUACCAGCCCGGAAAGUGGCACGCCCGGCCUGCACAAACCUGGCGGUGGGGGUGGCGGUGGAGGGGGUGCAGCAACGAACGGGGGCUGGUCGUCCAGUGCGCUGCUGCUGAUGCCGUGGACCCCCCAGCAGGACCUGGACGAUGACGAGGACGACGAGGACGACGAUGAGGAGGAGGACGAGCAGGAGGAUGAGGAGGAUGAGGAGGGGGAGAGGGGCGGCGGCGGCGGAGAUGACGACCGAACGAUGGGCAGUGGGGGCGAAGCGCGCCGGCUGCUGGCAGCCGAUGCCGGCCGGCCGGACUACUCCAGCAAGGGGCAUCUGUUUAGCCUUUCGCUGCCGAGGGAGAACCAUCUCUCCAUCUACAACGUCGAGUCGGCGGAUGAGAAGGUGGAAAAGCACGUGUUCAACAGCUUGCAAAAGUUCCGCAAGUCGGUGACGGGCGCGUUCAAGAGCGACGACAGCAGCGGGCAGCUCGAUUCGAACGACAGCAACUGGUUCCUCGGCCGGCUCGAUACGAAGCUAACGAAUGGUGUUGGGGGAUGCACACCCGCGGCGAACGGUGGCGCGGAGAAGCGGUCCAAGCUGCUGCCGGAUGGGCGCGAUCGCGACGUCACCGACGGUGCGCCGGCCGUCUCCUCGCUCGGCUCGCUGGCCCUGCAGCACAAGCACAGCUCGAUCGGGUAUCUGGUGAGCGGCAAGCACAUGAUGUACCUGCCGAAGGAGCCGACCAAACUGCACGCCACCAACGACAAGGGCAGCAAGCAGGACGAGAACAACAAUCGGAAGAGCUACCACAACCAGAACGGGACUGCCGAGCGGCACCAGGAGCGAGCGGUGGUGGCGGGCUCGUCCGUCGCACCGCAGCAUGGCGGUCCGGCGAGCCGGGCGACGGCGGGCAGCAGGGGCCACAGCGAUAAGGAGAAUCUGCAAGAUCCGGUUCCGAUUAGUGCGAUGGCGGCGGGGGCGGCGAGCACCAAUCCACACCACAGUGGGGAGUUUGAGGCGUUCCCGGUGAAGCUGACGAACCGGCGCAACCAUCGGUUCACCUUCCAGAGCACGAUCCGGCAGAUCGAGAAGCGCCGGGUGGCGGAGAAGCUGUCGCGCGAGGCAGAAAUCAAGGAGGCGAUGCGGCUGAGCGAGCUGGAAGCGAUGCGGCGCGUCGAGGAGGAGUUCCAGAAGAAGCGGGCGCGCGAGAAGGCCUCGAUCCGGCACCAGCUGCGGCUGUUCUCGAUGGAGAACCAUCCGGACCAUCCAGGGAAUGAUGGUGAGGGCGAGCAGGACUCGACGGGUGACACGAAACGCUCUGACCCGGACGGGGACAGUCUACCGCACCAGAGUGCCAGCGGGCGCAGUGGGGGCGGUGGUCUGUAUCGCAAGAAGGAGUUCACCAGCAUGGAGCGGCAGUACAAGCGUAGUAACGGCACGGGACACGGCACCGCACCGGAAGGUGGCGAGGAGCUGGACGGCGAAGACGAGAUGCUAGAAAAGGUGUUACACGACGGUGGGACGGGCCGGCGACGGCGAUACGGCGCCGAGAACGAAGACGACAACGACGACGAUGAGGAUGACGAUGGUGAGACCAGCAGCAGCCUCGGUUACGUGGACACCCGCACGCCCUACAUCUCGCGCAUCAUACAGGCGAAGAGCAGCAAGUCGUACGGCGUCAAGAAGUAGCAGGUGCGCACAGAAGGGGUCGUCCGAACUGACUAGACCGCUACCCAUUACCAUCAUUAUCAUCGUCACCACCAACACUACACACGAUUGCCAUCUAGUCAAACAGUCGCUGUUUUGCAAGUGCCCGAGCCGAGCCGCCCAGCCCUAGCGACCCGAUCCCGCGUCCCACGGAUUCUUUGCCCGCUUUCUCCCGUGGCCAGUAUAGACCCCUGCUACCGGACCUUGCCACUGUCUGGGGCCGCACUAUUGCCACAUCCGGCCUUACGGUGCGCGUGAGCGACGAGAAUAGGAAAGCAAAGCCCGUUUUACUCUCUAUUUGUUCGGUUAUGUUUUUGUUUUUCUUUUCUUUUAAAAGCUUCGUUCUUUUGUUUGUUUGUUUCUGUCUAGAUGUUAAGCCUCUGUUUUACGUUUCUAGCGUACCCGUACCACGUUUAAGUUAAUUGCACGCGGCCAAAGCACGCGUUAGAUCGUUAUUGUAGACUUUUAGCAAACACAUUAAGCAGCACAGUGUACCGGAUCGGUCCCCGGGCCGGCCGGGUUGUGUUGUACCGAUUCUUGCUCGGAUCGCUUGGGUUACGUUAUUUAGUUUCUAGCGUCUUUCCCUCCCUCCAAUCAUUACUAAUCAGUUAUUCGUUCGACAAAUAAAAUGUUUCAAUGUGCGUUACAUUGAACCUAA